CAAAUUAUAGCUGUAAAUUUAAAAGAUAAUCUAAUUUUCCAAAGAAAUAUUAUACAAAAUAAAUAUAAAAAUAUAAAUAUUAUUUGGUAUGCGCAUAUUAUCGGCAGAAUUAUUACCAUCUCAAUGGACACGAACAAACCUUAUGUGGGAGUCACUUUCUGAGUUUGGCAGCACUUCACCUGUCAGCUGACUAAUACAAACGAAUAAACCCGCGUUUUAGUGAGUCGUAUUUUUUAGCAAAUUGGACAUAUGUGGAAUUUAAUGCGGUAAAAUCGUUAAUAAAAGCUUAAUAUUUAUUAAAAAGCACUGGAACAUGUCCUCUGUUCGUGAAAUAGUUACAUUACAAUUUGGCAAUUAUGCAAACUAUAUUGGAGCACAUUGGUGGAAUAUUCAGGAAUCCAGCUUCAGCUAUAAUCCUGAAGGUGCGCCUUCAGAAAUAGCACACGAUGUCUUGUACAGGGAAGGUGUCAAUUUGAAUCGGCAGGUAACAUAUACUCCACGUCUACUACUUGUUGAUUUGGAUGGUUCCCUUAAGCAUCUUCCGCGAGAAGGUGAGCUUUAUGGUAAUAGUAUUAAACGUACAACUGAAGGCGUAGAAAGCGCUGACGAUGUAAAGAAAAUUAAAGAGGACCUUGAAAACGAUUCCACAGAUGUGGAAUUGGUUGAGCAACCGCAAGUCAGUAAACAUGAUUUCCAAAAAGAUCUUGAAAAUCCCGUUGUCGAUAUACAAGAGAAAAACUAUAAUUUGGCUGAUAAUGUGGAAACAUGGACGGAUUAUCUUUAUGCACGCUACCAUCCACGCACUGUAAAUAUAGUUAAUGACUAUAAACAUAGUACAGAGAAGCAAACCUUCGAUACAUACGGUUGUGGUGCACAGCUUUGGCAAACUGAGCAAUUCGAAGAUGAAUUUUGUGAUAAAAUACGACAAUAUGUCGAAGAGUGUGACUUUCUGCAGGGCUUUCAAACAAUAUUUGACUGUUUUAAUGGUUAUUCGGGCUUAGCCACAGCUUGUAUGGAAUACCUCAAUGAUGAAUAUGGAAAAGCAAGUUUUGCGUUACCAGUGUAUUCACCACGCAAUACGCCAUUUGAGAAUGCAGAUGCUGCAAUGUCUGAUUCUAUACGUGUCAUAAACAGCGCAUUGGCGUUCCACAAACUAAGUGAACAGGCCUCACUUUUUGUACCACUCAGCACAAGCGAUCGUGUAUGGCGCCAAUUGGGUGCAGCACGUCAACUGCGCGCACUCAACUACCAAUCAGAUAACUUGUACCAAACUUCUGCUGUACUCGCUGCAUACUUGGAUACAAUUUCAUUGCGUUAUCGUUUGCGCAAUGCGCCCAGCGCUUAUUCACUAGCUGGCUUUUGCGGUGAUUUAAAUAAUUACGGUCGCAAAUUGGCUGCCGCUGCCUUUGCACUACCAUUCCCCAUGCAGCAUAAUCAAGAUCUCAUUGAUUGUUUGGAUAAAUUCGAAAGUCCGCUUUUCACAUCACUCACGCCAAAUUGUAGCAUUGGCAGCGAUUAUGUUAUACAAACGUUGUGUGUACGCGGCAUAACACGCGAACGGCUCAAACAGCCUUUGGAGAAGGCGAAAGAGCAAAUGCGCAUGGCUGCCUACAAGUGUGAGAGUGUAUCUGAAAUGUUCCAACUGUACUUGCAAUGUGCAAAUCAUGCGAGUAUGGCGCAUGUGGCAUCGGUGUCAAUGGCCAUGCCAACGCGCAUACCAUUUCCAAGUGAAAUGUUUGCUGAUGAUAUGACAAAGUUGGGUUUUCUCACGCCCAACACAAAGCGUCAAGCAGAAGAGAAGGUUGUAUCUGUGCCCACAAUCGCCGCUGUACAGUCAACUAGCGAGUUGGGUGAUACGCUAGAAACGUUGCACCGCGAGGCUAAACGUGUGAAAAUAGCCAAGCUGCAUCGUUAUAAAGCAGCCGGCUUAGAGGAAGAUGAUUAUGUUGACGCGCUCGAGCAGCUGUUGCUGUUCAAAGACAAUUACGAAGAUAACUUCGAGUUGUAAUCUGAAAGUGAAAACGCGUAAAAUACUCGUUAUAUAGUAAUUAGUCGGUUUAAGCACGCAGUACGCGUACGCGAUUACCAAAAACGAAGUACUUUUAACAUUUAAUGCAUUACAAAAACUGUGACUAAGCUAAAUAGAAUUACACUCAAGACACACUCAAGGUAAGAUAAGUAGUUUAGCAUAGUAGUUAGUUAACAACUAACGUAGUUAGUAACAUAGUCUACGUCAUCAUAUUGUUUGUAAUAAAGAAAUAAAUGUUUAUUUACGAAAAAUUAAAAACCACUCAAAAUGCCGUGUGAUAUUGUCGAAUCAUACAAUGUGGCAUAAA